AUCUUUUUAUAGUGGGUUAAAUCUUAAGAUUUCCAGUCUGCAACAGCAACCCUAUAUUGCUUCAUAAUCGGCUGAAGGAAAAUUUUGAUGUGUCAUCUCAUUCUGAAAGUGCGGCUACUGUUGUCAUGCCCGGAGAAGAUGGCUCUGGAGAAAAAGUUGAACAUUCUGCCCUGAGCUACAGACAAUCUUAUUUUCAAGAUAUGCCUCUUCCUGCUCCAAGACCACUCCUGCUUAACAGACCAACAAACUUCAGAGAAAAGAAAGUGCCCAACUCCAACACUCGCACACGACCAAUACGCUUAAGACCAAGGCGUCCACUUUGCAGUAAAUGCAGAUCACAAUGCAGCAAUAACGUUACUUCAUCUGUUCCACAUGGCUCAGGGGGAAAAAUUGACAAAGCUUCCUUUGUUAGAAAACAUAAAGCAGAAAUUGCUACUCCCAAAUAUUUUGGAUCAAAAAAGUCAACAACUGGUGAUACCAAUGCAGGUUUGCGUAAAACCAGCCCUGUUAUAAAGAUUUCUUAUGCAAGUCCACAGGGUAAAGGACAUGUUGUAAGAAUACCUGCAAAAACACACUCUACUGCUUAUAAAAACCGUACUUCUCUCAGCCAAAAUAGUGACCUUGGUCACACCAACAGACAGAAAGCACAGAAAUGUUUAAAAAAGGCCAAAUCUAAUGUGAAAACGUCAGUAAGCAAGACAAACAAAGGUCUGAAUGGAUUUCUACCAAGCAGUGGGCCUAAAUCUUACCAUGAGCAGCACAGACGUAUUCGUAUUAUUAAGUCUAAAGGUACAUAUCACAGUGCAUCAGCCAAUGAAAUUGGAUACUCAAAGCACUCAGAAAGCAGCCAGGCUAGGAACCAAAACCAAACUGUAUCAAGUGGGACAUCAAGGAAGACUGCAAAAUCAACUGAAAAUGAACUUCAUGCAUGUAGCAAAACAUUUCUGACAGAGCCACAUUUGAAAAAUGUACAAGUUUUUGUUAACAAUCAUUUUAAUGCGCAACAGCAGGAAGUAAGCACUCAAAAUGCAAGCAACAGUACAGGUCAAAGAGAUACAUUUACUUGCAGUUCAGAUAAUGUUGAAGUUUCUUCCAGUUUAGAUAUUGAAUCUGAUGUUUUAUCUGUGGUAAAUCCAACAGAAACAUUGCUGUCUGAAAGUAAACAAUGUAUAACCCCAAUGAAAAUACAAGUGCAUAAAAAAAAUAUCACUAAAAGCUGUCUGAAAGAUGGACGAGAAAUGUGUAUUGGUGACAUUGUGUGGGGCAAGAUCACAGGGUUUCCUUGGUGGCCAGGUCGUAUAGUUGAAAUAGUUGUCAGCAGACGUGAGAAUGGUACAUUACUCAGCCAGUUGGCACAGAUCACAUGGUUUGCUUCAACAACAAUUUCUCACAUGCCCUUGACAGACUUGUAUCCAUUUCUUCGUUUCUUUGCGGAGCGAUACAAUCGCAAAAAGAAAGGAAUUUAUAAAGAUGCAGUGAGACAAGCUACUGAGGCAGCGACCACCCUCUCUCCAGAAGUUCGAGCACUCCACACAAUGUUUGAGACAUCAACACUACAACCGUGAAAAGUUGUAAAUGUACAUUACAUCUUUGGGUAGAAAUGCUGUUUUUGUGGGCAGCCAGUAUGAGGAUUGAAAUUAGGUUUUUCACUCCUUUCAAGUUCAAACAUUGUUAAAAUUGUAUAUCUUUUGUAUGACUUUAAUACAGUAUGGUUUUAGGCGAUUGUAUGUCGUUCAGCUUCAUGAGUAGCAUUGCAAUGGUUUGUAUAUGAUCCCCAUUUCGGACAUAACAAAAACAUGAGAAAACCACUACUGUUUAAUGAGAGCAAAAUUAUUUUUCUCUUAUUAGUAUGCUACCAGCCGUCAAUUUUACAAAGAGUUAGGACUCGUCUUAUCUGGAGUUAGGACGCGUAACUCGUCCUAACUUAGGAUUAAU